CACAUCGUAUUUUUCAGAUUGCGCUGUGUAAUCUGGAGCAUUAUUACUCUCUCUUUUUAGUGGAGAAAACCUAAACCACCAGUAUAUUCUCUCGUUGUUCUCUCUUUUCUCCCAAUUAGCAAUUAAGCAGAGAAAACCUAAAUUGCCGUCUCCAAUUUUGAUCUCGCCACCCAUGGGGAAUACUCUGAUGGUGCUAGGGUAGAUGAUGGCAACCUUGAAGCAAGAACUUCCCACUCCCUUGAGCCUUGAGAGAGCGUCAAUGGGACUAUUAUCGAAGAGAAAGUUGAAGAUGUCUGCAAGUUGUUUGAUGAAAUGCCAUAAAAAAGCCAGUUUUGUAAAACUCUUCAGUUCAAGAAGAAUAGGGAUGCUGACUCUAAAAUGAAGCUCUUCAAGUCGAGAAAACCCAUCCCAACAGAGCAGUAUCCUUAAUGAAGACGUGCUUCCUGUUGAAGAGGUAUGGGGUUUUUGCUUGAUUGGCUAUUUUAUUGGAAAGUAGCCAGGGUUUAAGACAAAAACUGAUUUAUGGAUGGCAUGUUCCCCAUGAGGUCAUCCCUCAACACAAAGGAUGAAUCUUUCUUAAAUUUGAAAAUAAAUAAGAUAGGAUCAAGGUUGAUUCCAAUUGUCCCUAUAAGAUCAACAACCAAAGAUAGGAUCAAGCUGAACAUUGACUCUAACGUUUUCACUAGAAUACACAAAAUGCUCAGGGUUUUGGAAGAUGAAAAAGGCCACUUUUAAUAAGGAAUGAAAACAGUCUCUAGUAAUGCAUCAUAUUGUGGUGCCCCCAAUUUUCAGUCCUGUUCAACUUUUUCUGUUAUUAUAUCUUUAAGUGCUUAGAUUUUCUAUGUCGCUGGUUAUUGCAUAUUUUAUUAACUAAUUAUUUUCAUUUAGAGAAACUGAGCGCAAAGUUAUGAUCCUGAUUUGCUGGAAAGAAUAUAGUUGACCAUCAUCAAAAACCUGAUCAAGUAUCACCCAGUGUGUUUACCUAAUUCAUUUCCUUAUCCUUUGAAUCCUAAAGCUAAAAAGAACAGGACUGGAUUGCAUCAUUAGUAUCUUUCUCUGCACUUCGUAUUUCCCAUGAUUGUUAGAUUCUCUCCUUGAUAAUUGCUAGCUUAUUGUGCCAUCAGGAGUCUAGGGAGUGGCUUGCGAUGGGUGAAGCAUUGGGAAUAUAAGUACCAGGAGGAACUUAAAUAUGUUGUGGUAUUCUCAUGCUAAAUUUUAGUUUGUUAUAUUUUUGAACUUUCAUCGAAGUUCUUUUUCAGUAAUAUAGGUUGACCUAACAUUUUAGCAUACAUGAGCCUUUUUUUUGUUCUAGCAUGCUAUAUGUCGAAACUGUUGAUCGAUCUCGGCUACUAAUGGAAAUAAUCAAAAUUAUGGGUUAAUGGGUUUUUUAUGUUUCAACAGAUUAAAAUAUACUCUGUAGGAUUUUUAAGGCAGGAUGGAUGCAUCGUUAUUUUUUUAUGUUGUGCGACUAUAACCGGAGCUUUCAAGCACCAUCAAGUGAUCAACAAGGAUUGAUGGUACGUGUUUUCAAACACACUUUUACAAGAAAUAAAGAGGUUAGAUUCUUUUUUAAGUUUCAGGUUGUGAUAUGUUAUUCUAUUUGCUUAUUUAUAUUUCUCUCUAUGUUUUUUGCUUGAACUGUCGAUGAUGAUAUUGUCUGGAAAAAGCCAACUUGUAAGGGUUCUGUAGCGUAUACUUUUCUUGUAUGAAGUGAAUUGUAGCCCACAGCAGAUCGAACACUUCCCAUUCUUCCAAUUUGAGUUGUACCUAGAAUUAGUUUUAAUUUUUAAAUUUGUAGUUAUGUUGAGAAACUUAUUUAUUCUUCAUAACUUGUGAUCAAUGAUCUUGUUAUGGCCCACACAAUAUUUGCCUUAACACAGUUGUCUUUUUAAUUGCAUGAUAACAUUUGAGGUCAAUAUAUAUGCAUGUUUUUAGUGAAAUCAUGUGUAAGGUGGUCAACUGAUAUAAUGCUUGCAGUACCAGUUGUUUUCCGCUCUGUCGUUUCUCCCUCAUUGGUUCAUUUCUUUCAGGAAAUUUAUUCUCAAAUGUUUUCCUAUUCUUCCACAAACAGAGGGUGCACAAUAUAGUUAAAAGAAUGGAUUGGACAAAAGGUAAAAUCUGCAGGAAAACAAUAAGAAUGAGCUAGAGAUAUUAGAAAAGCAGAGGCAUGAUGAUUUCUUGAGCAUGUUGAGGGGAUAUAUUGUUAAUCAGAUGUAGAAAUUUGAAGGAGAUGCAAUGGGAUAAAGCCAGAUGCUGAUUAUGUUGUGGAGGUUGCUGUGUCUUCACUGAAAACAACAAAACUGGUGCAAACUUAAAGGAGAAUGCUUUAUGGUUUUAGAGUGUGGUGAUGGUAGCUAGGCUAAUGCUUGAGAGUAUUAAGACUGGGUUUAGGCCUUUGGUUUUCUAGUUUCUAUCCUCCAGGACUUUGGUCAUGCACUUGGUCUUCAACUUCGCAGGGUUUCCAGGGUGUUUCUGCAAUAAAGGGGCUAAUCCGGAUCAUUUUAAUGGUGCUCAGUAAUGGUAUAUGGUCUAAAAAUUCAGCUACACUUUGUACAUCCAUCUUUGAAGCAAGGAGACAUGUCGGGGGAUCAUUUGGACCAUUGUGAUUGCAACAUAUUUGGGAAGAUAAAAUGAACAUCGUCUUUUCUUUUCAUGCCAAUCAACUGGAUAAAAGCUUAUGAAGGGUGCCAUACUGCCACUUUAAUUUCGUUUGUACUUAUUUUUGUUCAUUUUGGAAUUUCCUUAGCUAGCGUGUGUUUUGUUGUUAUUGAGACUCCAAUAGUACACAAUUGUAUUGAGGGUCUUCCCCUCUUUUCUUUUAUUAAACAAGUGUUCUUUGU